AUGUGAGAUGAAAAAUAAAUACGGCUGGAGCCACACCCAGACUGAAAUAAAACUCAGACCUCCUGCACACAGUUUCAGUUCAAUACUAUCUUGGAUUCUGUUGUGGCAGAUUUUACGAAGCUCUCAUCUGAAGUACGUGAUGACUUCCCUGGAGGGAGGGCAUCUCCUGCCCCUCGCUGCCUUCCUCUUCCUGUCCAUCGUUCCCAUGGUAACUGAAGUGGUGAACUCAACGUCAGACUGUGGCGAGUUUCUUCUUCAUGAUACGUCGCCAUGGGUCCCGGGCAUUUUGGAGAACGGCAGCAUUGUGGGCCCGGAGAGAUACAAAAUCAUUUGCCAGACUUACGAGAACCAGAGACGGUUUUUGACGCUCUACAACACCCAGAACAGGAUCCCAGUAUUUUCUGCUUACAAGUACAGAGGAAAACGAGAAGGAACACACAGACCUCCUUGGAAGAUAGAGCCACAGCUUGAAGACACCAUCAACAUGUGGGAUGGCAAAACAUACCACAACCAGGCCACUGAUGAGGAUUAUAAAAACAAUAAGAGAGGCUAUAACAGGGGCCAUUUAUUUCCAAGUUCUUAUGCAUUCAAUGCAAAUGAACAGAUCUCAACGUUCACCCUGACGAACAUCGUUCCACAAGCAAAGUCUUUCAACGGGGGCAGCUGGGAAAAAAUGGAGACGUGCACCAAAUGCAUCAUGGAAAAGUUCUGCAUCAACAGUAAUGAUGCCAAAGAAGCCUUUUUAGUGACCGGGGCAAAGCCCAGCAAGGACAACACACUUAAAGACAGGGUUAAUAUUCCUUCCAUGCUCUGGUCAGCGUUCUGCUGCUACAGUAAGAACAAGAAGAAGUGGCUGGCGAGCGCACACUGGGGCGUCAAUGUUGACACUCAACCUGAGUAUCUCCAGACAAAGACUUUGGCUGAACUCCAGGAAACACUAAGCACAGGGAACUCAAGAUUUGGGAUGUUUCCCAGGACCCAGUGUCCUCUCCACACCACUGUUGCUGAGCUUUACUUAGAAGUUGAUCAAAACUGCAAAUGUCCACCCCAAGCGUCAACCACAUCGGCCCCUCCUACUACAACAACUACAAAGAAAAAAGGUAAUUCAGAAAAUGGCGAAGGACCAGAAAUAGAAGGAAGUGUUGGUGGUGUUCUCGUUGGAAUAGCUGUUGUUAUCUGUGUAGUAGGUGUUAUCGGUGUAAUAGUUGGUGGUGCUGUCCAUGGUGGGGUUGAUCGAACAGGUCCUACCACGUCUCACACUGACAUUAGAACAUCUGCUCCUUGUUUUUCUACAUCUGAUUAUACCUCCACCACAACUAGCUUCCUCACAACUACUGGUACUCCAAGUAGUACCACAAUACCUACAACUACAGACACACAAACAACUACCUUUACAUUAACAACCACUGCUCCACCUAUAACAACUCUCCCAUCAACUAUAACGUAUCCAACUAUUAAACCCCAAACUAACUCAACUUCCCAGACAUCAACAUCCUUCGUUACGGCAACCUCUGAACCCCAAACUAACACCUCUGACCAGACAUCAACUGCCUUCAUUACGGCAACUUCUGAACCCCAAACUAACACCUCCUACCAGACAUCAACUGCCUUUAUUCCGGCAACUUCUGAACCCCAAACUAACACCUCCUACCAGACAUCAACUGCCUUUAUUCCGGCAACUUCUGAACCCCAAACUAACACCUCCUACCAGACAUCAACGGCCUUUAUUCCGGCAACUUCUGAACCCCAAACUAACACCUCCGACCUGACAUCAACUGCCUUUAUUCCGGCAACUUCUGAACCUCAAACUAACACCUCUGACCAGACAUCAACUGCCUUUAUUCCGGCAACUUCUGAACCUCAAACUAACACCCCCGACCAGACAUCAACAUCCUUCAUUACGGCAACCUCUGAACCCCAAACUCACACAUCCUACCAGACAUCAACAUCCUUCGUUACUGCAACUUCUGAACCCCAAACUAACACCUCCUACCAGACAUCAACGGCCUUUAUUCCGGCAACUUCUGAACCCCAAACUAACACCUCCGACCUGACAUCAACGGCCUUUAUUCCGGCAACUUCUGAACCCCAAACUAACACCUCUGACCAGACAUCAACUGCCUUUAUUCCGGCAACUUCUGAACCUCAAACUAACACCUCCGACCAGACAUCAACGGCCUUUAUUCUGGCAACUUCUGAAGCCCAAACUAACACCCCCGACCAGACAUCAACAUCCUUCGUUACGGCAACCUCUGAACCCCAAACUAACACCUCUGACCUG